AUGGCUUCGAGUUCCAGGAGCACCGUGUCUUCGCUUCUCUUGGUGGCGCUGCUGCUCUGCUGCAGCGGCAUGAGCAGCGCCGCGCGGUUGCUGGAAGAGGCGCCGCCCAAGGAGGAACACCCACACCCUGCCGUGCCGGAGCUGCCAAAACCCGAGCUGCCGCCGCACCCUACCGACGUCGUGCCGCCUGAGGUGCCCAAUCCCGAGUUGCCACCGCAUCCGGCUGUCCCCGAGCUGCCGAAGCCUGAGGUGCCUCACCCGGUGCCAGAGCAGCCCAAGCCCGAGCUGCCACCGCACCCGGCCGUCCCCGAGCUGCCCAAGCCUGAGGUGGCUCACCCGGUGCCGGAGCAGCCGAAGCCCGAGCUGCCACCGCACCCGGCCGUCCCAGAGCUGCCCAAGCCUGAGGUGCCGCACCCAGUGCCGGAGCUGCCCAAGCCCGAAGUGACUCCUCAUCCGGCCGUCCCAGAGCUUCCAAAGCCCGAGGUGCCGCACCCAGUGGCGCCAGAGCUGCCAAAGCCUGAACUCCCUCCUCACCCGACCGUGCCAGAAGUUCCGGAGGUGCCAAACCACGAGUUGCCGCCUCUGCCGAAAGCUGAGCUGCCACCGAAGCCGGAGGGCCACUACACGGAGCCGGAGGCAGCAAAACCAUGA